AUGCUCAACACCAGGUGGCUGCAGCAGACUGGAAUAAGCGCGGCAUGCCGUGCGUCCAGUGGCGGCCGCAGCGGAGCAGCAGAAGCGACCACUGCAGGCACGCUGCAGCUCUGGGAGGCCCGAUCACCGGUAUCGAUACCUGCAGCGCCCAGCAUUGGCCGCGUUCCUGAGGCGAUGCCAAAACCCGGCGGCCAGGCCCAGCAGACGGGAGGCAGCUGGAAGGAUGAGGGUGGUGGUACUGUAGGGCUGCCAGGCGACGAGCGUGGCUCAGGCGACGCGGCCCGUCCACAGGGAGCGUCAGUUGACCCCCCUCCGCGCCGUGGCGGGCCGGCACUGUGCAGGUGCCCUAUUCCGGCAAGGCCUGCAGGCGAGCUGCUGCUCCGACAGGUGCGCCGGCGCCGUUUGCCACUGCGCGGCGCGGGUGCUGCAGGCGGAGCGCGCACUGUGCCCCUACGGCUGGGCGCACUGCAGAUGCUUCUGACCUGCAUACACGCGCGUCUGGCCUGGCGGACUGACCUCGAUGCGCGUGCGACUUUGGGCGGGAGGCCUAGAGGAGGCAGGGCUUUCUUCCGGCUGCUGAACCUGCAUCAGACCUUUAUCGAGCCCCCGGGAACAUUAAGCGAGCAUGCAGAACAUGCAGAACAUGCUUGUCUCUGGCCCUGGUCUCUUGUUUGCAUCUUCACGUGCGAGUACCACUUACAGCCGUUUACAAGCACUAAUCAACCAGAGACAAGCAUCGUCAGUCCUACUGUCAAAGGCCAUAAUGGAAAAGAAAGCCCAAAGAAGAAGUCCAGCUAG